AUGGUUGCAACCAAAGAGGCGGCAGUAUCGCCCAACCCUCUCCCGGCCAACGGCCAGGAAACCAUCACCGCGGAUCCCAUAGUCGAAGAUGACAACGCAACGGAGGCGGAUCUCGCAAGCAUCCACACGUCCUCGAGCGUCUCGUUGAGUGAAAGCAUCACCGAGUAUCGGCGGAUCCAUGGUCGCACUUAUACCCAGAAGACCGACUACUGGGGCCCGAAUGACGAGAGGCAGAACCAAGGCCUGGACCUGGCUCCCAAGGUCGGUAUAAACUCGACAGGAUUGCCCCUCGACGGAGCAUCACAUCUCACACGUUGUACAGGAAGUACUCGAUGUUGGUACUGGCACGGGGAUUUGGGCCAUGCUGACCACGAGGCACGCAGCGACUUUGCUGAUGGAUUCCCUUCCGCGGAGGUCACGGGGGUCGACAUCUCGCCCAUCCAGCCCGGAUGGGUCCCACCCAACUGCAAGUUUCACAUUGACGACAUCGAGAAGCCCUGGACGUGGCCGGCCGAGCACUUUGACUUCGUGCACGUCAAGCACCUCGAGGGCAGCGUUGCGGACUGGCCGAGGCUGUACGGGCGGGCCUUCACCCACCUCAAGCCGGGCGGCUACAUCGAGCUGAGGGAGGUCGACAUCGAGGGCCGCUCCCAGACCCUGGGCGAGCUGGGCGACGGCCACAUCUACAAGAGAUGGGCCAAGGUGAUGCUCGAGGCCAUGGGGAGGCUCGGCAAGACCGGGACCCAGGCCCGGGACCACGGCAUCGCCAGAAACCUCGCGUCGGCCGGGUUCGUCGACAUCGUGGAGAAGAAGUGGUCCGCGCCCAUCGGGCGCUGGCCAAGAGAUCCCGUCCUCAAGGAGAUCGGCGCCUGCCACCUCCAGUUCCUCGACGAGUCGCUGGAAGGGUUCGGGACGUUCCUGCUCAAGGAGGUGAUGCGGUGGGGGGAUCCCGAGAUCCUCGCGUUCAUGGGCGAGAUGCGCAAGGCCCUCAAGGACCCGAGGCUCCAGUCGUACCUGACGCUGCAUCUGGUCUACGCUCGCAAGCCGGAGCGGUCUGAGGAGACACAGGAGAAGGCAGUCACGGCAGCUGUGGCCUGA